AUGGGACGUCCGGUUACCCAGCAUGCACUGCUCCUGCUGCAGUGCAUGCUGGUCCUGCGGUGGGGUGUGGAGGCCCGGAGAGGACCAGUGCUGCUGCCCGAGUCACCAUGUUACAGGAUCGAGCACCCUGUCAUCCCACACUCAGAAAUGGAGCCCUGGUUCUCACGCUUCAAGGCCGAGGGCACGGUGGAUUACUCCCAGCUCACCUUUGACCCUGGACAGAACGAGCUGAUUGUUGGAGCACGAAAUCACCUCUUCAGACUGAACCUGGAGGACCUGACACUGAUCCAGGAGGCAGAGUGGCACUGCGAUGAGUUCACCAAAGGAGCCUGCUUCAGCCGUGGCAAAUCAGAGGAGGAGUGCCAGAACUACAUCAGGGUGCUGCUGGUGAACGGAAACCGGCUGUUUACCUGUGGGACCAAUGCCUUCACCCCCAUCUGCACCAACCGCACGCUGACAAACCUGACAGAGAUCCACGACCAGAUCAGCGGAAUGGCGCGCUGUCCGUACAAUCCGCUCCAUAACUCCACAGCCCUCAUCACCUCUAGUGGGGAGCUCUACGCCGCUACAGCCAUGGACUUCAGCGGACGAGACCCCGCUAUCUACCGCAGUCUGGGAGGCCUGCCCCCUCUGCGGACCGCCCAGUACAACUCCAAGUGGCUCAAUGAACCAAACUUCGUCUCCUCCUACGAUAUCGGGAACUUUACCUUCUUCUUCUUCCGGGAGAAUGCGGUUGAGCACGACUGCGGCCGCACGGUGUUUUCUCGAGUGGGCCGGGUUUGCAAGAAUGACAUCGGAGGAAGGUUUUUGCUCGAGGACACAUGGACGACGUUUAUGAAGGCCAGACUGAACUGUUCCAGACCAGGAGAGAUCCCCUUUAACUACAAUGAGCUGCAGGGGACAUUCUACCUGCCCGAGCUGGAGCUACUCUACGGGAUCUUUACCACCAACGUGAACAGCAUAGCGGCGUCUGCAGUGUGUGCCUUCAAUCUCAGCGCCAUAUCCCACUCCUUUAAUGGACCCUUCAAGUACCAGGAGAACUCUCGAUCGGCGUGGCUGCCUUACCCCAACCCCAACCCCGACUUCCAGUGUGGCACCAUCGACUCUGGCACCUACGUGAACCUGACGGAGAGGAACCUGCAGGACGCUCAGAAGUUCUUACUAAUGCAUGAGGUGGUCCAGCCCGUGGUCCCCGUGCCCUACUUUAUGGAAGACAACGUGCGCUUCACUCAUGUAGCUGUGGAUGUAGUACAAGGCAAAGACACGCUGUUUCACAUCAUCUACUUAGCCACAGAUUAUGGAACAAUACGGAAAGUGCUCUCUCCUCUGAACCAGUCGACGGGCAGCUGCCUGUUGGAGGAGAUUGAGUUGUUCCCGCCCCGGAAGAGGCAGGUGAUCCGGAGCCUGCUGAUCCUGCACAGUCGCAGUGAGCUGUAUGUGGGUGUACGCGACCAGGUCAUCAAGAUCCCACUCAAGAGAUGCAGCUACCACAAGAAUCGAGAAGCGUGUGUGGGUGCCAGGGACCCCUAUUGCGGCUGGGACAUGCUACUGAAGAAAUGUACCACCCUGGAAGAGAGUGUCCGCAUGAGCCAAUGGGAGCAGAGCAUUUCCAAGUGCCCUGUGCGUAACGUGACAGUGGAUGGCGGUUUUGGUUCCUGGUCCAGUUGGUCCAUGUGUAGUCAUAGCGAUGGAGGAGGGAGCGCAGGGGCGUGUCUGUGCCGGACCAGAGCCUGCGAUAGCCCCGCCCCCCAGUGCGGCGGGCAGCAGUGCCACGGCAUCAGUGUGGAGGUGGCCAACUGCUCCAGAAACGGUGCGUGGACUCCUUGGACGUCGUGGUCUCCCUGUAGCACCAGCUGUGGGAUCGGCUUUCAGGUCCGGCAGCGCUCGUGCAGUAACCCCGCCCCCCGGCAUGGAGGACGAGUGUGCGUGGGCCAGAACAGAGAAGAACGAUACUGUAAUGAGCACCUGCCCUGCCCUCCGCACGUCUACUGGUCGGCUUGGUCUCCAUGGGAACGCUGUAACGUACCCUGCGGUGGAGGCAUCCAAUCACGGCGCAGGACGUGUGAGAACGGAGACGACUGUCCCGGCUGUGGACAGGAGUACCAGUCGUGCAACACCCUCCCGUGCCCUGAGCUGAAGAAGACCACCCCCUGGACACCCUGGACCCCCGUAAACAUCUCAGACAACGGUGGCCAUUACGAGCAGCGCUUCAGGUACACGUGUAAGGCCCGCAUCCCUGACCCCGGCCUGCUCGAGGUGGGACGCCAGAGGAUCGAGAUGAGGUACUGCUCCAGCGACGGAUCCACAGGCUGCUCCACGGACGGCGAAGUGCUGCGAUUGGGGAGGAUUUCGGGACACACGGUCAACGGGGGCUGGACAGCCUGGAGCUCUUGGUCUCAGUGCAGCAGGGAUUGCAGUCGAGGGAUAAGGAGCCGGAAAAGGACAUGCACCAACCCUGAGCCCAAGUACGGAGGACAGUCGUGCCUGGGACCAGCACAGGAGUUUCAAGAGUGCAACGUCACACCUUGUCCAGUGGAUGGCAGCUGGUCGUGCUGGUCGUCAUGGUCCAAGUGCUCGGUGACGUGCGGUGGAGGUCACUACAUGAGGACCAGGACGUGCAGUAACCCCCCUCCUGCCCACGGGGGAGACAUCUGCCUGGGCCUGCACACAGAGGAGGCCCUGUGCAACACCCAGGGCUGCCCAGAGAGUUGGUCCAGCUGGUCCGAUUGGUCUCCCUGUGAUUCCAAUGGAGCGCAAGUCCGACUGAGGCACUGCGAUGUCCUUUUCCCAACAGGAAACCAAUGCUCCGGGAAUAGCAGCGAGACAAGGCCCUGCUCCUCUGAUUCAAAUUUCAUACCAGAAGUCUCAAUUGCACACUCGAGCCAGGAGGAGCGCCGCUGUGGAGAUUUUAACCUCUUCCACAUGAUCGCCGUGGGUCUGAGCAGCUCCAUACUCGGCUGCUUGGUGACUCUGUUGGUGUAUUCCUAUUGUCAGCGCUACCAACAACAAUCCCAUGAUGCAACAGUCAUCCACCCCAUCUCCGCAGCUCCUCUCAACACCAGUAUCACCAAUCACAUCAACAAACUGGACAAAUAUGACACAGUGGAAGCCAUUAAAGCCUUCAACAAAAACAAUCUGCUCUUGGAGGAACGAAACAAAUAUUUCAACCCACAGCUUGCUGGAAAAACAUAUACCAACGCAUACUUCACUGACCUCAACACCUACGAUGACUAUUAAGCUGACUCCUGACUCCAUAUCUGGCAACCACCCCCAUUUUCACCAUGCAUAUUCUUUGUGCUUUGUAUUGAGAUUCGUAUGCGGGACUGUCCCUUAUCAAGACAAUAUGGCAGCUCUUUGAUGACAGUUCAAUUGACAUGGAUAUUGUUGCCAACUAAAAGGGAAAGCCCACUUUUUCACAGGUGCCUUGGGGUACACUUAAAAAAAAACUUUUCAAAAACUGGAUAUUUCUUUUGUUGGUGAGGACAGAAAGAAGAAAAGACAUUGGGAGAAGAUUCCUUUUAAAGUCCCCUGUGCAGCCUCUAAAACAGACUUGUAUUUGUAACAAGGGAAUUCACCACAACACACACAUGCAUGACUUCAUCUGAUCUCUUUCCUCUGCUGUUUUGGUUUUGUUUUGCAUGAUUGAUCGCAUUCCAGAUUUUGACAGACUUUCAAAUACACGUUAUCCGGGUCACUGGGCUAACACUAGGCUCCACCAUUUUGGGAAACUUCAAAUUGCAAGCUCGCGGUCAAGGCGCUCAACAUUCUCCGCUCCAGCGAUCUCUGGAUUGGUCCAAGUUCCAGGAUGUAGAUACUCCGAAGCCUGUGGUUCAGUUAGUCCAUGUUUUGUUGAGCUAAAGCAGCCAUUAACGCUUUUAAAGGUGCAUAUUUUUUGUACAGAAAUGUUACUUUAAAAUCUAUGUCUAUUUUUUGUAUACAUGUAUUCAAAGUCUCCAGUGUUAAAGAGAAAGUAGAAGUUUAAACAUGUGUAUUUGACGAGGACUCAUCAGCACCAUCUCCUGUCUUUGUCGUCAUACUUUUAUAUUUUUUGUAAAGAAAAAAAGAUGAAUUUUGAUAGUGUUAUCUAUUAUUUUUUUGACAGGACAUUUAAGGCAUUUAUUGUACAGCCGUGUGAAGCAAAACUGGAGCACUUGCCCUUAAGUAAACACCUGCAGUCCGCCAUCUUGUCAAACAUA